AUGCUCCGCCCCAAACCAUGCCUCUUCCUGUGCCUCAUGAUAUGCCUCAUACCAUGCCUCAUGCCAUGCCUCGCGCCAUGGCUCGGGCCUGCUUUUGCAUUCCCUCCUUCUCGCCUUUUUCUCAAGCCGCCUGUUGGCACAAGCACGCCAUCCCCAAAGACUCCGCCACAGCGCUUGCCGUCCAUGCGAUCGUUAUCAUCGCUAAUGUCCGCCAUACACCGCCAGAAGUAUGAAGAAUGGUCGAGAGGGUGGUUUCUUGAAGGGCCAGCAGAUAGAGUUGAUGCAGACGCCAAUCUCGCAGGCUACGAUGUCUCUGGUCGGUAUCAUAUUCGUUGUCGCCACACACAGAAUCGCCGGUCGCGAAUGGCUUUCGACUUCCUAGGAACGGUAAGAGCUAGCUACGAGUUCAAGUCACUUACUUGGAGCGAGGUCUCCGGCAUGAUGACCUGCUGCUUGAAGUUCUUCGGCCGGCCGCCCCCACGCCCGCUUACAUCAUCAGCUGGGACGACCCGAAGCUUUCCAGGCAGGAAACAAUGCUACGCUCGAAACCCUUCCGGCCGACUCCUGUUCACCAUCAACUGCGCACAUCUUUUGGAUGGUCCAUCAGCUAUUGAAUCCCCUGCUCGGAAGACUCCAGCUCUGUGCAUUUCCAUGUCCAAAAACCCGCCUUUCUCCACUACAUUCUGCACAUUAUCAAACUCCUGGUCAGCAUCGCUUGCUAAUAUCAUGACCGUGCCACACGUUCUUCGACCGAGCUACGCAAAUUGGAAUUUGGUAUCCUCGUUGAGCAUGGAGACGAACAGGCGAACGUCUGAUGUAGCAAUUCCGGGUCCGACAUCCCACCGAUCAGUUGGGAAUAUUUGCUACAGCAGCACCGAAGCUUCUUGCCAUUUCCGUGCUCACUCAGAGAGUCAGGAUCGCGCAGUCCCAUCGUUCUUGGUGAAGAUUGUGGCCGUGGGACGCGAGUGGAGUGAGUUUAUGAGAUCUCAAGUUCGAAUUUUCAUCUCAUCGCACGGGUUACCACAGGCCGGAAGCGCCAUCCACCAUCCCAGCACAGAAAGAGCAGAUUCUGCAGCAAGAAGUCCCACAAAAGAACCCAAGACAUCACAUCCAUCGGCGCCUGGGGAGGAAUGCUUGGGAAAUAUUGACCCAAGUGUCCACAUGGAGGGUUUGAUCACCGAACACUUGAAGCAGGAACUCACCGACAUCCAGGGCAUCGUGAGGGAUGAUUUCUACAUCUGCCGUCGCUCGACCAAUGAAAGAAUGUUGCUGAUCCCAACCGAUUGCCCUCUUCUCGAGAGCGGGAGAAGCCGUGGUAGGACGUGCGCGAGUUACCAUGAUGAGUGGAACUCACUCCCCACCUUGUACCUGUAUUGCGUUUGGGAUGGACAAGUCUGUCAGCGAUACAUCGCCUCUGGCCAAGGAGCGAGAUACCUCAUGAGCAGUGCUCUCCCUUGGCUGUUCAUCAGCCUUCGCGCCACUCAACACAUUCAGCUUAUCUCAUUUCCCAAUCGGCCGGCAUGCCGAGCAAGCAUAGCCAACCUGAUGCUCUGCGUGAACAAAGGUUCGUGGGCCCAGCCUCUACUUGGUCAAGAACUCGCUGAAAACUGCUCCAUUCCUGUUGGCAUGAUUCAAAUUCCCAACGAAAGCGGAAGACAUGGCAAAAGGGCACCAAUUGGAGAAGUUCGGCUUGGAUAUCUUCCAAGACCUGGAUCAUUUCAAAGCAUACCUGCCACAUUCAGCCCGAGGAUUUCACAAUUGGCCUUGCCACGACUGUCAGCAUCAUCAAGCAGCACAGUAGGACGUCGCUGGGACGUCGUAGCGUGGAGCAGAAACACUAGCAGCCCAAGGGCUGAAGAAAGUACACUGUUCCGCCUCCGCAGCGCGACAGGCGCCGACAGAAAGGACCAGGAAAUGUUUGAUGACAGCCAUCCAGUGAUGUUGGAAAUAUCCAUCACUGCUUCUCCAGGUCGUUGGGAUGCUCAUGAAUCUCAAAAUCAACUGGAGAAUCAGGCGCCCGCGGCUCUGAUCGGCUCAAUGGAGACUUCGCAGACCGGUCGAAGUUUUCUGCCUAUUCUGCCGUCAGAUCCUAUUGAACAUCGCGGACCAGACCAGCGCAACGAGGACGGAAUUUCUGCAUGCAGUACUGUCACUGGGUCUCUACCGCCUUCGAACAUCUGCACGUCUUUGCAGUCAGAACAGUUUACCGAUGCCAGGACCGUCUCACCAAUAUCCUCGACCUCUGAAGCAUGGAAUUGUGUGCCCGGUGCAGUUCUCGAAACGUCAACGCCACCCAUCUCACCGGUUGCAUACAGUGAGGUGACUGGCAUGGGCGCCUGUAUCGAGGAGACAGCAAACAUCCGAGCCACACGAUGGAGUUCAGUACUCUCCACGGCCAAGAGUGUCAUCGAAGCUGGUGGCAGGCAGCAAGCAGUCGUGUCGGUACUUCAAUCUCGCCAUUUCAUCCUUCAUCGGAUCGCAGACAGCGUUGUCAUUGCCGAAUAA